CAAUCAGCAAGCAGCGCGCGCAAACGUCCUAGGCCAGGAAGCCUUGAAUACGCCAGGCUGAGGUGACCUGAAGUCCGUGGCUCUGUGGUGAUAAGGAAAUUGAGGCACAGACAGUUUAAGUGACUUGCCCAAGGUCGCACAGCUUUUUUUCUUAUAAGGUUAAUUAUUACAAGACACAUGUCAGUGAAUCAGCAAGAUCUAGAUCCAGACAGUACUACAGAUAUGGAAGAUAUUACAAAUGCUGAAGAAGAACUUAUUAAAGAAUGUGAAGAAAUGUGGAAAGAUAUGGAAGAGUAUCAGAAAAAAUUAUCACUUGUUGGAACUGAGACACUCACUGAUUCAAAUGCUCAGCUGUCAUUAUUAAUUAUGCAAGCGAAAUGUUUGACUGCUGAACUCAAUCAAUGGCAGAGAGAAAGUCCUGAAAUAAUUCCACUGAAUGAAGAAGUUCUAGUAACAUUAGGGAAAGAGGAGUUCCAAAAAUUGAGACAUGAUCUUGAAUUGAUACUCUCUACUAUUCAGUCAAAGAAUGAAAAGUUAAAGGAAGACUUGGAAAGGGAGCAACGGUGGUUGGAUGAACAACAACAGAUACUGGAAUCUCUUAAUGUACUACACAAUGAAUUGAAACAUCAGAUUGUGACAUUUUCUGAAUCAAGAAUCUUUGAUGAGCUGAAAACUAAAAUGCAUGAUAUAAAAGAAUAUAAAAAGAAACUUUUGAUUACCUUGGGUGAGUUUCUGGAAGAUCAUUUUCCUCUGCCUGAUAGAAAUGUUAAAAAGAAAAAGAAAAAGAAAAACAUUCAAGAAUCAACUGCACAGCUGAUAACACUGCAUGAAAUGUUAGAGAUUCUUUUAAAUAGAUUAUUUGAUGUUCCACAUGAUCCAUAUGUCAAAAUUAGUGAUUCUUUUUGGCCACCUUAUAUUGAACUGCUCCUUCGUAAUGGAAUUGCCUUGAGACAUCCGGAAGAUCCGACCAGAAUAAGAUUAGAAGCGUUCCAUCAGUAAAAGGAUGGUCUCUUUUUUCACACAGUACUUAACGAAUCUUGUCAUUCAAGGAUAAUAGAAACACUGAGGAUUUACUUGGAUAAAGAAUGUUAUUUGCAAAUCAAAGUACGUACUCCCUCUUCCUUUUAUCCAUAAAAUGACAUGUGCCAUCUACUAUUCAUUUAUAAAUGGUUCUUUCAAUUCAGUCAAUGUUUUGGUGUUUUCAACUGGAUGGAAAAGAAUGCAAGAAAAAAUAUUCUAGACUUAAUCAUUAUAAAAAGUUUUGAUAUACCUUCUGCAGUAUUCUUUGGAAAAUUCUUUGUUAAUUUAUAAUAUUGCUUAUAUAAUUUUCCCUUUUGAAAUUUAUGACAGUUUAUUUUAUGCAUUUUGAGUUCCGCUUGAUGCUUAUAUCUUUAAAUUUGGUAAUUAUAAUGGGAAAGCCAUUUAAUUUGCAGGUGGUUUUUAAAUUGACAGUAUCUGAUGUAGAUGGAAUACGUAAUUUAAAAGUAUGUAGUAAAUCUGUUCCAUGAAUACUGCCUUAUUUCUAGAUUUGUUAAAAAUUGGAACAGAAAAAAAACUAAUGGAUAAAGGUAACAUGAAAGCUAUAUUUUAGUAUGUAUUAUAUAACAAGUGAUAUUAUAUAUUAAACCAUUCUUGAUUCUGUUAGUUAAUGUUAACAAAAUUGUGUUCAUAAAAUUUUGUUAAUUCUCCGUGACAUUUCUGUAAAUAAAAUUCUC